AUGCUCUCUUCCCUCCUUCCCUCCUCGCUCGCUUUCCUCGCCGAGUCGGACUUGACCAUCGGCAUCAAGCACACCUCGGCGUACGGGUUCCGGCGAGAGCAGCUCGACCGGCUCCUCCGCUCCAUCCGGCGGCGGUACGCGACGGCCGAGGUCAUCGUGGCCGACGACGGCUGCAAGGCGGACCGGACAGCCGCACGCACACACAACGUGACGCUCGUCUGCACCGAGGCGGGCAGCGGCCUGAGCCUCGGCCGCAACACGAUCGUACGGCGCGCUUCCACAGAGUUUGUGCUCCUGCUCGACGACGACGUGGUCUUUUCCGAGGCCACCGACCUCGCCGCGCUGCACGACGCGCUGGUGCGCGACCCAGGCGCGGCGCUCGCGGGCGGCUGCUACGACGACCUCGUACGCGGCGGCGCGGACUGCUUCAACCUCGCCUUCAGCGUGACCGGCGGCGGCACGGCGGUGGCGGCGCGCUUCGCCACGCUGCAGGCGCAGGGCGGCGGGUGCGGCGUGGUGGACGCCACCCACAACUUUUUCCUCGCUCGGCGUUCCGCCCUCGUGCAGCACGGGUGGGACGCGCGCCAAAGGGUGAUGGAGCACGAGACCUUCUUCUACGCGCUCUGGCUGCACGGCCAGCGUGUGCUCGCCUGCCCGGCGGUCCGCGUGCAGCACAAUACGUCGCGCAGCCUCGCGUAUGUCUCCUCCUCGCUGCGCUUUGGCCGGAUGGCGUACUUCCUGCAGUACCUGUGCAAGGACUUCCCGGAGGUGGCCUCCUUCGCCACGCCCUUCAUCCGGUGGGACUGCGCCACACGCACCUACUGCGAGCCAACCUUCAACGCGCGCUUCCCGUACAACGCGCCCGAGUGCGGAAAGGCGAUGCCGUGGUGGGAGGACGAGGACGACAGGUCCGCCGUCGAACUGCCGCUGGUGACGCGCGCGCACGUCGAGGCUUGGGGGGCCGUCGACGCCGGCUCCGCUUCCCCCACCGCUCGCGAGUUGGGACUGCCGAGGGUGCCGCUGCUGAUGAUGAUUAUGACGCACCCGACGAGUGCGGCCUCCCGCGCUCGGCGGACGCACCAGCGGGCGACGUGGCUCAGCAAGGAGUGGCGGCAGCGAGACCGGCCGUGGCCGGUGCCGUGGCGGUACCUCUAUGUGAUGGGGGAGGAUGGCUCCCCAACUCCACGCGUGUCGCCUUCUUCCACUACCGCCAUCUCUGGCGACUCACUGCGCCUGCUCGGCACCGCCGAGGGCUACCGCAACCUGGUGCACAAGGUGGUGGCUGCCAUGCGCUGGGCCGCGACGGAGGUGGACUUUGAUGUGCUGCUCAAGGCGGAUGACGAUGUGGUGGUGCACGUCUCCUCACUCUACGACUGGGUCUGGAGACUGCCUCCGCAGCGGCGGCACGCCCUCUACGCAGGCUACGUGUGGCGCGGCAAGCCGGUCGUGCGGUCAGACAAGCUGAGCCAGUCGUGGGGCCGCUGGGCUGUGCCCUACGAGCAGUACGGCGAGCCGACAUACCCGCCGUAUGCCGACGGGUCCGCCUACGCGCUCGGCCGCGAUGCGGUGGCCCUGGUGCUGCAGGGCGUGACGGAGAGGGAGCGGGCGGGCGCGCCGCUGCUGGAGGUCGAGGAUGCCUUCGUCGGCACAGCCGAGGCGGCGGCAAAAGCCGCCAACCGGAUCACGCCCGCGGACAAGGUUGGCAAGCUCUUCGUGCCUCCGGCGAGCGCCGGCGACAACGGCUCCGCCCCGCUGUCCUUCACGCCGCCGGCGCAUUGCGCGAAGAAGAGGCGGCCGAAGCGCUGCGCCUACGAGUUGCGCCGCAGCUGGUGCGUCAGCCUCGUCGCCCUCUACGGCUCCACCGCCGAGAGCUGGUUCCACAAGGGCAUCACAUCUCGCGGCACGAGCAUCAUAAAGCAAGAGGAGCGCACAGCGGCCGCUUGGCCACGGUGGCGGACACGCGGGGAGCAAGAGUCGCAGCGCCUCGAGGCGUACCAGCGGCAGCGGAGUCGCUGUAAGCGCGCCGGCGGCGAGUGCGCGCGGGAGGCGUUGCCGGCGUGGGCGGCGGGCGGCAAGCUCGUCGGGAAGCCGCUGCUGCCGCAAGGGGCGUGCAAGUGCUCCGUCCCGACCGAGAGGGAGCUCUAG